AUGUCGAUGGCAACUUUCAGUGGCAAGCGCUAUUUCGUCACGUUCAUCGACGACAAGUCGAGAUACUGUGUCGUGUAUCUGCUCAAGAGCAAAUCUGAAGUUGCAGCGAAGUUCAUGGAAUACGCUGCGAUGGUCGAAACGCAAACCGGAAAGCGCGCGAAGUACCUUCAAAUCGACAAUGGGGGUGAUUACAAGUCCGACAAGCUGGCACGAUUCUGCGCGGAACGGGUGAUACAACAAAGUUUCACACACCCAUAUACUCCUCAGCUCAACGGAGUAGCUGAGAGAAUUAAUCGCACGCUGGUCGAGUGUGCGCGCUGUAUGGUGGAACAUGCUGUACUGGGAAAGAGCUACUGGGGUGAAGCAGUGAUGACGGCGAUGUUUUUUCGAAACCGCUGUCCAACACGUGCCAUCCACCAAGACAAGUCUCCAUAUCAAGUGUUGACAAUGAAGAAACCGAUUAUGGCCAACCUUAAAGUGUUUGGAUGCCACACGUAUGUUCAAGUGCCUCAAGGCAAACGCGCGAAGUUCGACUCCAAGUCAUCACUCUGUCGUUUCCUGGGGUACGCUGAACACCAGAAGUCGUAUCGGUUCGAGAGAGUGUCAACAGGAGCGAUCAAGAUCAGUCGCGAUGCCACGUUCAUGGAAGACAAGUUUGAUGAAGGUCCGCACAACUACAACGAUGAGUCAAGUGCCGUUGAGUUUGACGAUCAAGACGACGACGAAGAAAAAGAAGAAGGUAAGACUGACGUCGACAUGAACUCGAGCGACGAUGACGACACCAGGUCUUCGAAGAGCAACAUCAAGAGACACACGCGCACCCAAUCACGUGAGAAAGCUACCGUCAUUCCAAGUCCCAAGCGAAGAAUGUACAGAGGUCCGUCGCUUGAGCAUGUGUCAGCGACUGCGAUGGAUUUUGAAGCAGCCUACUUCGUUGAUUCAGUGGGGGAAAUGCCGACUACAUUCAAGUCGGCGAUAGAAUCAAGCGACUCCGGCAAGUAA